AGAUGCGAGCCUCGUCACCUCAUCGACAAGUUGGCGGAAGUUGAGGGAUAUGGCAGGGGUUUAGAUGGCGAGAAGGAGGAGAGAGCCGUAUAUCUGGGGAUUGGUCGGCAACUUGCAGUCUGUCUCGCUCCUUCCGCUCUCAAUCUUCAGGAACUUCAAGCUGUGGGUUCAAUUUCCCCCCUCAGGCACACACGCCCAGUUCCCACUUUCCCCUGAAGCUCCAUUGUGAGCCGAAAUCUGAAAUGGCUUCACAACUGCCGAAAUGGGCCGGAACUGGCUGGCAAGGUCCUCCUCCCCCUACUCCCCCGCCUCCUCCCGCUGUUCCUCCUGCAUUCUCGGGGAAUGGAAGGCCCUUCGCCUUCCCCCCGCCUCCCCCGCCGCCCGGACACGGUGCAGACGAUGACGAGGUGACCGAUAUACAAGAGAGCUGCUCGGAGGACGAGUCUUAUGAUGAAUCGGAAGGAGAGACGGAGGAUGACCAUGAUCCCAAGAUCAUACCAUACGUUGCGAGGCCAAAAGAAUUCGCCACAGCACCGACAACGAUAAAUGGACAAGUUCAGGGGCCAACAGGGAGUUCUGGGCCUCCCAACUUGAAGCUUCCCGGACAGGUUCCCUCCAUGGAUAUGCGCACCGAGAUCAGGAAGAUGAUCAAGGAGGAGUUAGGCAAUAUUCAGAGCCCCACGGCCCCGGCAGGACAUGACAGCGGGCCCGGCCCGGCCCAUCGACCUCCCAGGAUGCCGGAACCAAACAUGCCAUCGAGUGCCAGACCACAGUCUCCCCCGCCUGGUGUCCACUGGAGCAACCCAGUCCCUCCGCCUCCAGUCGGUACUGCUCCGGGUUUGGCAAAGGAAGCCAGCGUCAUCGACCAAAAAUGGGGCAUCCUGUUUGACCGGGACGGCCUUCCGACGAAGAGAUGGCAACAGGUACUCAAGGGGAUCGGCAGCUAUCUGAUGGACGAGUUCAUGCCACAAAAGACACUAGUUGUCACACCGGCGAAGAUGGCGGGAUUCUACUCGCACCAUCGCCUGGAGACUGAAGUCUUCCCGUUUCCAGAUAUCUUCAGAGCACCGCCCAGCAGACUGGCAGAACUGUACCAGCAACUGUCCUGCGAGUACUACCUGGUGCCCGCAGAACCGAAAGCUCGUCCCACUCUGCCAGGCCUCACACUAGCGGGCUGGACGCAAUGGACGACGCUCGCCGUGCGGGCCUACCCCAACGAGGAGGCCGAGCGGCUCGCCAAGGCGGUUGCCGCUCUGCCCAUCAACGCAGAGUCUCUCCUCGACGGCAAGCCGGAGCGGUUGCCAAAGCAGAUCCCGCGCCGACUGAUGCCAGAAAGGCCUGACAGAGCGGCGCGGUUGCUUCUCGAUGGCGCGCUGAAGUCCCAUCUUGGAUCCCCUGACUCUUCCGCGCGGAGGACAGUACCAGUAUCGGUAUCAACAACAACAACAUCAUCAUCCCGCCCAUCAAGCCCCCGGUCUCGAUACCGACCUCCUUCAUCCUCAUCGCCACCACCGAGAUCGGCACAACAAACCCGCGGUGACGAUUAUCACGAUCCGCGUCGACGUAGCGACCGCGACCGAGAGAGACAAAAGGAACGCAGCUACCGUGACAACGACGGCAGCAGCAGGAAAAUCUACGAGAGCAACGGCUCCAUCCGGCGCGAUCCCCCUCUGCCGCCGCCUCCUCCUCCUAUGGCGAGGCGGCGGACCAGCAGUCCCCUUCCGCCUGUGCACCACCGGCACUCAGUUGCCGUGGAGGCUCCAUACGUCCUACAGCGUUCGAGUUCCGAUCUGGGUGGCAUACGGACCAGACGACUAAGCAGUGGGUCCUGGGAAAGGGACAGAGAAAGAGAAAGAGAAAGGGACAAGGAUAGGCAGCGGGAGAAAGAACAUGGUCAUGAUCGCAAUCGCGACAGAGACCGGGACCGGGACCGAGAGAGGGAUAGUAGUAACAGAGAGCGGAGGGACAGAGACAGAGAGCCGACCAAGGGAAGGAUAGCGGGCCGGGAGAGGGACUCGGAUCAUAGUAGCAGGCGAGGUAACGAUCGGGACCGAGACCGAGCUAGAGAGAGGCGGUCGGCGUCGGUUGCCGCUGUUCGCGCCUCUGAACGGAGGGACGGUGGCAGCGCGGGGCGGAAGAAGGUGCCGGUGGUGGUUCGGGAUGACAGGCAGACAUCGUCGUCGCGGAGGUUGACUUGGGGGGAUUUCCUUUCUGCCAGGUACUAGUAUUAGCAGUUAUUAUUUGGGGCGGGAAAGGGGGAGGGUAAUAUAUGAAAUAAGAGUGAUGGCAUGUCGCGUUCGCUUCAGGGGCAGAAAUUUGAUGGAGGAGAAGGACCCCGAGGCCUCUUAUGUCUCGGGCUACAAUGAGGGUAUUUAUAGUCCGUACC